AUCAAAAAGAAUUUUGUGGUGACGAACGACACGGCAUUGUUGAAAGAGCUUAACACCACGAUCAAGUCAUUGGUGAAUGAGCUUAGCACCAAGCCUACAAGCCUUACAAGAUGGAAACGAUGGCACUACUUAAUAAACUAUUUAAAUCAAAAUUGGGAAGUAAAGAUAUACAUAACAGAAGGUGACUGGUAUGCCAGCCAAGACCUGCAAAGGCUUAAAUAUAAUAAUGAUGGAACCUUAGCGAACUGCGACAUACCAUGUGUUUGGAAAGAAAAACGUCUAAGAUACUGGGUACCUUCCGAAGAACUCAAAACGGCCGACGCCCUCUUUUGCGUCAACAGACCAAAUCUACCAAUACGGAAAGGGUGGGAAGGACAGAAAUUCAUAAAUUAUAAUCUGGAACCUGUACAGCAUGAUUUUGGGCGAUUUGAUAUCCUUGUAACGUUUGAGGAAUUUUCAGAUGUACCCACAAGUUACAUUCGAAUGGACCACAACGAAUGGCGAAGAAAAAAACCCUUCAACGUAACAAGCCUCUCCCCAAACUCAACAUUCAUCUCCUUCAUCGCUUCUCACUGGACAGAAUUCCGAGAAACUUGGAUUCCAACUCUUCAAGCCCACGUUCCCGUCGCGUCCUUCGGCAAGGUCUAUCCGAAUACCCCUUGGGAUUCGGAAUGUAUAAAUUUUGAGUGGUUUGAAAUGAAGAAUUGCAUCAUAUCUAAAUAUCCUUUUUACCUGGCCAUUGAAAACUCCCAAGUACAAGAUUACUCCACUGAAAAACUUUGGGACACGUUUAAAUUAGGAGUCGUGCCUGUUAUAUGGGGAGCACCCAAUACUCGCUCAUACUUACCACAUCCUAAAUCCGCCAUUUUUAUCGAUGAUUUUCCGAAUGUUGAGGAACUUGCAAAUUACUUGAAAUAUUUGGUUGGGAAUGAGACAGCAUAUUUGGAAUAUCAUCAGUGGCGGACCAUGAAGACAUGGCCAGAGGAAUUUGAGAAAAAGGCAUAUAUGAGUAUGUGGAAUAUGGAAUGUAAUGUUUGUAAAGAGGUUGCUAGGUUGAGGAUUGUAAAAGGGUUAACUGAUGAGAUGUAA